GUAGGACGAGUCAUUUCCGUCCGCCGAGAAAGAGAAAGGAGCCGGUGGAGUUGCGGGCAGAGCGCCUCGGGGCUGACUUCCCUGGUCGUAAGUGGCAGGCUGGCGGCUAGGAAUGGUCGAGAUGGAGCCCCAGGGCCGCCUGUGGCUGGAAAGCCCCCCUGGAGAUGCGCCCCCCAUCUUCCUGCCUUUGGACGGACAAGUCCUUGUCCUCGGCCGGGGACCCUUGACCCAGGUUACCGACCGGAAGUGCUCCAGAAACCAAGUGGAGCUGGUCGCAGACCCUGGGACUAAGACCGUGGCGGUGAAACAGCUGGGAAUUAAUCCCUCAACUGCUGGGACCCAGGAGCUGAGUCCGGGGUCAGAAGGCUCUCUGAGCGUGGGGGACACACUGUAUUUGGUCAACGGCCUCCACCCGCUAACCCUGCGCUGGGAAGAGGCCCGCACGCCUGAAUCCCAGCAAGACACUCCACCCGGCACCCCUCCGGCGGUCCUGGACGCCGCCGCGGACGUCGAACCACCCCCGAAGCGGAUGCGGAAGUCGUCCUCCGGCUGGGAGAACUUUGAGAAGCUGCUAGUGUUUACCGCACCUGGGGUGAAGCCCCGGCGCAAGGUGGCCGCCUUUGAUCUGGAUGGGACCCUCAUCACCACACGCUCUGGGAAGGUCUUUCCCACUGGCCCCAGUGACUGGAGGCUCUUGUACCUAGAGAUUCCACGUAAGCUCCGGGAACUGGAUGCGCAAGGCUACAAGCUGGUGAUCUUCACCAACCAGAUGGGCAUCGGGCGCGGGAAGCUGCCAGCAGAGGAGUUCAAGGCCAAGGUGGAGGCUGUGGUGGAGAAGCUGGGACUCCCCUUUCAGGUGCUGGUGGCCACGCACGCUGGCUUGUACCGGAAGCCGGUGAUUGGCAUGUGGGACCAUCUGCAGGAGCAGGCCAACGAGGGCGUGCCCAUCUCCGUCGGCGACAGUGUCUUUGUGGGAGAUGCAGCUGGACGCCCCGCCAACUGGGCCCCGGGGCGGAAGAAGGACUUCUCUUGUGCGGACCGUCUGUUUGCUCUCAACCUCGGCCUGCCCUUCGCCACGCCAGAGGAGUUCUUUCUGAAGUGGCCCGUCGCCAGCUUUGUGCUCCCCGCCUUUGACCCGAGAACCGUCUCCCCCACGGGGCCGCUCUGCCUCCCUGAGUCCAGCUCCCUCUUGAGUCCUGACCCUGAAGUGGUGGUCGCCGUGGGAUUUCCUGGGGCCGGCAAGACGACCUUCCUCCAGGAGCACCUCGUGUCGGCCGGAUACGUCCACGUGAACCGGGACACCCUGGGCUCGUGGCAGCGCUGUGUGACCACGUGCGAGACCGCUCUCAAGCAAAGGAAACGGGUUGUGAUCGACAACACAAACCCGGACCCUCCCAGCCGGGCCAGGUACAUCAAGUGCGCCCGGGACGCCGGCGUCCCCUGCCGCUGCUUCGUCUUCGGCGCCACGCUGGAGCAGGCGCGCCACAACAACCGGUUCCGAGAGAUGACCAGCUCGGCUCACGCCCCCGUGUCUGAUGUUGUCAUGUUUGGCUACAGAAAGCAGUUCGAGGCCCCGACGCUGGCUGAAGGCUUCUCGGCCAUCUUGGAGAUCCCGUUCCGGCUGAACGUGGAGCCUGGCCUCGAGCGGCUGUACUGCCAGUUCUCAGAGGGCUGAGCUCCGCCCCCCCCCCCCCCGCCCCCCAAUAAACCGGUCUGCUUUAA